AUGCUGUUGUUCUUGUACCUUAUCACGUACAUCGACAAAGUCAAUAUUGGCAAUGCGAAAAUCGAAGGUCUCCUCCCAGACCUGCAUAUGAAUGGAUAUCAGUACAACAUUGCAUUGUCGAUCUUCUCCAUUCCAUACAUCCUCGCGGAGGUCCCGAGCAACAUAUCCUACAGUAUCUUCCUCGCCCGUCAUACUAUCUUGGGCAUCAUCAUGACAUGUACUGGCACGAUCAAGAACUUCUGCGAGAUGGUCGCGGUCCGGUUCCUACUCGGCCUGUUCGAGGCUGGUCUCUUCCCAGGUGCAAUUCUACUGAUUUCUCGCUGGUACCUUCCUUGCGGAACACAGACAAGACUAGCACUGCUCUACACCUCCGCCGCUACGGGUGGUGCGUUCUCUGGCCUCUUGGCUUUUGGAAUCGCAAAGAUGGAUGGCAUCGGCGGAUAUGAAGGCUGGCGCUGGAUUUUCAUCAUCGAGGGCCUGCUUACUGUCAUCAUGGGAGUGGUCUGUUGCCUGCUGCUACCUGACUCUCCCGCAUUAUCAAAGUGGCUGGAUGAGGAUGAGAAACGGUUCCUUACUCUUCGUCAGGUGACCAGAGCCACGGUUGCGGACGUCGACGAGUCGAAGAACCACAACAAUCUACUGACCUUCUGGACUGUUGUCUCGGAUUGGAAAGUCAAUCUACUUAUCCUGGCCAAUUGGUCACAAGCAGUACCAAAUUACGCCCUAAAAUUUUCUCUGCCCACCAUUAUCAAGGGCAUGGGAUACAAGUCGGCGAAUGCACAGCUUUUGACGAUCCCACCGUAUGCAUGUGGUGCCAUUUCAUCUUACGUUCUCUCGGUAUUCGAGGACCGAUAUAAUUGGCGUCUGCCAUUCCUGGUAGGGCCACAAGUGGCUGUGGUCAUUGGAUAUGCAGUGCUUUUCGUCAAGACUCCGGAUAUCAAGCAUAACAUCGCCUCGUGCUAUUUUGCAGUCUGUCUGGCAUGCUCCGGAUUGUACCCGAUUUUAUCAGCGGUCAACGCCUGGAACAUCUACAACACUGCUGGUCCAGCGAAACGAGCGAUCUCCAUUGGCUAUCUCAUCUGUAUGGGCAAUGUUGGUCGCAUUGUUGGCAGCUAUAUCUUUAUUGAACGGGAGGCACCGAGAUAUCCCACAGGCUAUGGCACAUCAUUGGCAUUUGGCGCUGCAGGUAUCGUCGCUGCUUUCGCUCUCGAGUUCUUCCUCAAGAAGAGUAAUAAGAGGAAUGCUCAGCUCGGUGAAGACGAGAUCAGGGCUCGAUAUACGGAUGUGCAGCUGUACAAGAUGGGGGAUCGGUCGCCGCUGUAUGUUUAUAAGCUGUGA